AUGAGAAGGCCCGCAAAAGAUUUCGAUCCGCUUUCGUUGAGGAGCCAACUACCAAAAGCUGUUUCUUCUUUGGAAUGGGCGGUUUCAGAAGGUAAAGGAAGAGUCUACGUGCAUUGCUCAGCUGGAUUGGGAAGAGCUCCAGGGCUUAACACGGCUUAUGACACAUUGGUAUCGAAGCGUCCAUGUGGGCCUAACAAAGGAGCCAUCCGUGGUGCAACAAAUGAUCUUGCCAAGAACGAUCCCUGGAAAGAGUCAUUUGAGAGUCUCCCUGAGAAUGCAUUCGAAGACGUUGCUGAUUGGGAAAGGAAAUUGAUUCAAGAACGUGUUCGUGCCCUCCGUGGAACCUGA